AUGCAGGCCAGCUCCUACAUUGUCCCGUUGCUGGCUCUGGUGCUGCUGGUCGCCCCGAACGUCGACGGCGCUGGCCGUGGCGCACUCAACCUGCCCAGCAGCAGAUCGCCCAAUCACAUGUACCGAUGGAACGUCCAGUCGCGUGGCAUCCCGCCCGACGCCUUCUUCACGCUUGAGCCAGCCGGGAACCUGUGCGCCAAGAAGAUCAACGACUUCCAUUUGGUCGGACCCGACGGCAAGCCCGCCAACAUCGACUGCUUCCACGCGCCCAAUCUCUCUUGCGACUUGGUUGAGCCUAAGGUCUGCACCACUGUGCCAGAUGCCGAUCGCCAUCCGUUCAAGUUCUGCCUCUACGGGCAGGCCACGCCGGUCGGCGAUACACGCUGCCUCGUCUCGCAACAAGCCGAACCGCGGGUGACGGGGCAGCUGGGCGUCAACAACAUGGGUUACUGCUACAGCGACUUUAUCGCCGACACCAUCGCCCAAAACGCCGCAUACGGACGUCCUGCGUGGCAGAUUGAAGGUGAGGCUCUCCACCGGCCGUGUCCUUGCCGCCAGCUCGGCAAGCGACGGAGGGGGAAGCGCGCAAGGACCAUGUUGACGCUGCCGUCGCCUCCGUCGCCAUGCUUUCGUCCCGGUCCGAGAACAGUCCAAGUCAACAAGGGCGAACCGUACAAGCGCAUCCCGUUUGGCCCCUUUGUGCCCGCCUAA